AGACUCUGCACCCGAAAGGCGAUUACGACAUCUUUGGCCACUUUUACGGCGCAUUGAUUGCCAUAAAUAUGCUGAAGAAGGCGCCGAUAGGCAAAGCUGUCAUCAUUGAUAUGUUGUCUGAGAUCAAGAUGGACGAAGAGGUAAUGACCGAUGAGUACAUAAUGGAACUGAUUAUCGCAUUCAUUGCUAAAGAUUUACCACUAGUAGUGAGAGACAAACUCAAGAGAGACUGCAAUUUAAAGCCCGACGUGAAGUCAAAGCUCGUCAAAAUCAGUGAUGAACUCAAAGAGUUUGUGGGAAAAUCGCUCGUCAGUCGAGAUUUGGAGGAAAUUCUGUUGAAUUCUCACCAAAGAGUGAGACUGUUCUCCAAUUAUAGGAUUAAUCUGAAGAAUAAGUUUUCAAAAUUGAAAGUAAAUAUCGGAAAGAAAUAUUUGGAAAUGAGUGGAAAACUAUUGAUUAUAAAGCCAUCGAAAAUAUCAAGCGUUGACGAAAUCAAUUCCGAUGAGAUCGAGAAGAUUAAAAACGCCUACUUCUUGCCCGAGAAGGGAUUGGAGGGGAAACUCAACUUUCAAACCGUGGACUCAACUCAUGGCGAAAGAGAAUUCUCUCAAACGUUUGAAAAGAUCGCAGAAUCUAUUAAUGCAUUUUUGGCCAAAUGAGAGAAUUGCAACAUUUAUUAUUGCUAUACAUAUGUGUUAUUACUUUGAUUUCUUUUUUAACUUUUUAUUAUAAUUAUAUAAAAGAAAUAAACAAAUAUUGAACGAAUAAGUGAGUGAAUGAAAGGGGGAG